AUAAAUUUCAUCUUUGAUUUUCAGUAUGUAAUUAGCAGCGCGAAGUUUGAAGAUGUUUCUUGAUUGUAUUUGAAAUGUUGUAGUUAGGAGCAAUAAGAGUAUAUCUAAAGUCGAUUAACAAAUGGGAGAUCUGGAUAUAUACUGCAAUUUCAGUAAAUGUCGGAAACGUUUGAGCAGAACUGCUUGGAUAACAAGUUGUUCCCACGCAUUUUGUGAAGAGCAUGGUGAUAGUGAAUUUUCACAAAAGCUUGAUGACAUGAAAACAUGUCCAACAUGUUCCACCUCUUUGUGUAAUAAGUAUGAUAUUGUUAAAGUGGAUUUGAAUCCAUCACCACAGUUCAGAUCGAUGGUUUUAGCUGGAUUGCGUCCUGAAAUUGUAUUUGAUAUUUCCAAUCGUGCUUUGGCAUUUUGGAGUUACCAAAUUUACAUGGAAAUUCUCUAUCAGUCAUCAGCAGCAAAGAGAUCAAGAGACAAAAUAACACAGCUUGAAGAAUAUUAUGAAAAUUUAGUGAUAAAGCUGAAAACAGAUAUUCAGGCUCGUCGUAGAAAGGAAGAAGAACUGAAGAAAGAAUUAACUAAACAGACUCAAAGAUCAGAAGAAUUAAUAGAACGACUUAAUGAAAUGCAAAGGCAGUUUAAUUCUGUGCAAGCAUCCUAUGAGGCUCUGCGUCGUACACAACUAAAUUUCGUCAAAGCUAAUGAAAAGGAACAGGUGAACAACUUCUGCUCUCAUGAGAAUGGCAAGACUGGAUUGCAUUUCUCUCUUGGUCCCACCACAUUAGACGCAUUGCAUCCAAGAACUCCAUUACAAGACAAAAAGAUCCAGUUCAACAAGGGAGAUUUAAGGGCUGAAAAUGAUGCUGAAGAAUUCACAUUCAAGCCAGUAACACCAUCACCUGAUGCAACAAGACAGUGGAGAAAUCCUCUUGUGAAACGACAAAGAAAAUAGAAUUAAAAUGUGGACACUUUUGACACUGGAUAUGAGGAUUGCAAUGAAGACAAGUAUUAUUUUAUAUAAAUUUGGACUUAUUUCCAUUUGAAGAUCAGUGUGUGUUGUAUUUCAUACCUUAAUUUUUGGCAUGUAUACAGUUUUGUUAAGUAGAAUUUGCACAAAUAACUCUUUAUCAACAACUCACAUCACUUCACACCACUUCAUUGUAGCUUACUAGUAAUUUUUUCCUCUUUUUAAGGACAAUGCAUAUUUUCUGUUAACUGUUGCAGUUAGGCUGUUUUCUCUAAUUUACAUUUAAAACCAUUAAAAGUAAUAUAUUAACAUAGCACGGAGAAAAUGUAGAAGAAUGAAAUAAAAUUAAUUUUGUGCUAUAAAAA